UCUCAUUAAAUAAAAAAAAGUUCCUCUCAUGUUUCUCUCUCUACAUUCUCCUUUCUCUACUUUUCUUUAUUAUCACUAAAAUCUCUAUCCAUCUCUCUUUCUCUCUCAUCACCUAAAACAUACUCUCAAAUCUCCCUUCCCCCAUUUGAAGUUUUAGGGUUUCCUCAUUAAUCAAACUCCAUUAAAGCUCAAAAUCCCUCAUUUUAAGGGUUGUUUGGAUUGCUAUACAAAUCCAUAAAGAGUGAAUAAAUUUUGCAUGUGGGGUUGAUAGAUUUAAUUCACCCUAUACUCUCACCACCCACCCAUCACCAAGAUUAUAAAUUAGAUUCUCUUCAAACAAGUCCUUACACAAGAGUUAGUCCAUACAACAAAAACUACAACAGAGAAAAACCAAACAAUCCCCUAAAUUUUUUUCAUUUUUUUUUAUUUUAAUUCCUUCUCUUCCUAGAAUUGAAAAUAAAAAUAAAGAUAAAUUUAAUGGCAGCUUCAUCUUCUUCUUCAGCCUUCUAUGGUGGCAAAGAAGGCAGUGACGCAAUGAAAAUCAAUUAUAAUCCAUACUCACAUCAACAACCACUACAACCACCGUUACAACCACCACCACCACAACAACAACAUUCAUCCGCCGUGCCACCGCCACCACCGCCUUUGUCUUCAUCAGCACCACCUUCUAAUCCUCAAAACAAAAAGAAGAGAAGUCUUCCUGGAACUCCAAGCAAGUAUCCAGAUGCAGAAGUGAUAGCUCUAUCACCAAAAACAUUAAUGGCAACAAACCGUUUUAUAUGUGAAGUAUGCAACAAAGGAUUUCAAAGAGAACAAAAUCUUCAACUUCAUAGAAGAGGUCAUAAUUUACCAUGGAAAUUGAAACAAAAAACAAACAAAGAUCAAGUUAAGAAGAAAGUUUAUUUAUGCCCUGAAACUACUUGUGUCCAUCAUGACCCGGCCCGAGCCCUGGGUGAUCUGACCGGAAUCAAAAAACAUUACUCGCGUAAGCAUGGGGAGAAGAAGUUUAAGUGCGAGAAAUGUAGCAAACGUUACGCUGUUCAAUCGGAUUGGAAAGCUCAUUCUAAGACUUGUGGUACUCGCGAAUAUCGUUGCGAUUGUGGCACCCUUUUCUCUAGGAGGGACAGCUUCAUAACUCACAGAGCAUUUUGUGAUGCACUAGCUCAAGAGACUGCAAGACAUCCAACAAACAUAAGCACAUUAGGAAGCCACUUAUUUGGACCUUCUUCAGCUCUUGGUGGUGUUACUACUACUAACAAUAACAUGGGUUUAGGUGUUGGACUUUCCCAUCAACUUCCCCACCAUCUUCCACCAUCGUUUUCCGAUCAAAUGACAUCCGACAUCCUCCGCCUUGGCGGUGGUGGUCGAGGUGUCGGGUCAGGUCAAUUCGACCAUCUCCUUGGUGGGUCCCCUUUCCGGCAACAAUCCAACAUGCAUCAGCAAAAUCCGGGCAGCUUUUAUUUGUCUGACCAAUCUGGUGGGCCCAACCAUUUUGGUAAUAGUAAUGGUUCAAAUACUAAUACUAAUGAUCAAGACUCUCAGUCUCAAAAUGCUAGUGGUGGUAUCUUCUCCAACAAGUUAUUCCCCGGGCAGCUGCCCGAUCUAGGGUUUUUCUCUAAUAAUACCAAUAAUAGUGAUCAAAACACCAACACAAUCACCACCACUAGUUCUACUGGUGGUGGUUUGUUUUCCCCAACGGGAAGUAACAGUCUUUUUGGUGGGCCCCAAGGUGGGAGCCUUUCAUCGCUCUACACCACAGGGUCCACCCUACAAGGUAGUAGUCCCCACAUGUCUGCCACUGCGCUCCUUCAGAAGGCAGCACAAAUGGGGUCCUCAACCUCUAACAACAAUGCUAGUGCCUCUGCCUUACUGAAAGGACUGGAGGCGAAACCAUCGGCUCCACCACAAUCAGGUCCGGCCCCGCCUCCAACAAGUAUCGGAGGCGGAGCGUACGGAGGUUUGUUUGGAGAAAAUGAACAAAAUAACCUACAUGAAUUACUCAUAAGGGAUAACAUAAUGAACACCUCAUUCUUUGGAGGAGAUCAUCAUCAAACAGGAGGAAGUGGGGAUCACCAUAAUAGUAACUAUGGAGGUUUUAACCCGAAUAAAACCGGGCUUGGAGUCGGGUCAUCGGAUAGAUUGACAAGAGAUUUUCUUGGUGUGGGAGAGAUAGUAAGGAGUAUGAGUGGUGGAGGAUUUAAUGCAAAUUCACAAAGUAUGAAUAAUAGUGCAGCAAAUAAUAAUAAUAAUUCAGCUAAUACAAAUACUAAUGUGAAUAAUUCUGUACCUUCAAAUACUCAAGCUUUUGGUGGUAAUGGGAAUAAUUUUUAACCCGUUUGGAAAAUCAAGGGGAUAAAAGCUUUUUUUUACAGCAGAAAAACAAGUACAGGAAUUAGGUUUUGUUUAAGAAAACAUUUGUGCGUCAAAGUAAAAGAGCUAGUUCAAAAUUUGUAGAUCAAUGGUUUUGUUUGCUGACCACCAGAAAAUCAGAGUUUGAUGACUAGAUAGACUACUAAAGGUUGAUGUUGAGGCUAUAUGAUGAUGCAAAGAGAAAGGUUGAUCGACCGAGCAAUCGAUUUUCCAAUCGUGUAGAAUCGAUAAAUUUCUAGUUUUAUAGAUUAGACUUCAUAUGUUACAUAAAUCAUGCAUGGUUAUGGUAAUGUGAAUGAAAAAUUCAAAAGUUAGUAGUGUAAGUAGAAGAGGAUCAGUAGAGUUUCUUCUAGUUCACAAGAGAUUUUUGCUCUCAAAUCCAAAUUAAGUACUUUGAAUAUAACUUUUAUUUGCUUAUUUAUUUGGUAUAAUAUUGGAUGUCUCAUUUUAAUAGC